AUGUUAUCGAAUAUUGACGAAACAUUUUUAUUAAGUUUAAAAAAUGAAUUUAAUUCAAAUUCGUCAUCAACGUUUGUUUCGUCUGAUAUUUUACCCAGUUAUUCACCUAUUGAGACACUUACUUCCGAGCUUGAUUGUUUACCAAAUAUAUCUCAAGAUCUUUCAAUUCAAUCAUCGAUACCAACACAUUUUGACAUGACAAAUCCAAAUGAUUGGGUUCUUGCUUAUUCACUGGUUAAAAAUUCAGUUGUGCAACUUGAACGUACAACUAACGAUGAUCUUUUACGUUUAGCAAAUAAUAAUCCUAAUAAACUUUUAAGAAAUUCUUCAACAUCAAGUAUAAAUUUUGAUGAUAUGCCACGUGUACGUGGACCAAAAUCUACUCGUUUUACUUGUCCGAUAUGUGGUUUAAUAACUGUAUCAAUGGAACGUUUACAAAGACAUGUUAAUCAACAUGGACAAAAACUUCGUUUAGAAACAUAUAAACCAGAACGAAAAGUAUCGUCAUUAAUAUGUGAAAAAUGUAAAGCAACAUUUUCAUCUGCAUAUGCUCUAAGAAAACAUCAACGUGUACACACAAGAGAUAAACCAUUUUCAUGUGAUUUUUGUGGUUCAAGAUUUUCACAAUGGGGAAAUUUACGACAUCAUAUUCAACGACAUUUGGGUAUUAGUCCGUAUGCAUGUCCAUAUUGUAAGAAGACAUUUAUUGCACCAUGUAAACUUGAAGUUCAUAUUCGUGGUCAUCUUGAUGAACGACCAUAUGUUUGUGAUAGAUGUCAAGCAACAUUUAGAUGUAAUGAUGAUUUACGUAAACAUUUAAUUAUUCAUGCUGAUUAUAAAGUGAGUUCAUUUACACAAUGA